GUUUCAAGAUUGAGAAAGGACAGUUCUUUGCAAAAUAUGAUUAAAGACAUAUCGCAGGUCGAAAUAGAGAUGAUACCGGUCAAACAAAAACCGGUUAUAACUGGUUCUGUAGGAGACAUCGAGGAGAAGACCACCAACAACUUGAAACUGGUUGUCGAGGACUACGAGAUACAGGAAAGUCCCAAACCUGCCAAAAAAGAGAAGAAAUUUAGAUUUAACGUUACUGUCCAGGAGUUUCCGGUUAAAAAGAAGAUUACUGUGCCUAAAUGUAACUUAAAAGACAGUGACUUUGGUGUUGUUCAAUUAUCUACUCCUAAAACACCUGUAGUUACAAGUAUUUUAAAGAAAAAAGAAGAUAAACAGGUUGGUAAUGUUGCUGGCGACGGUAAAAUCUUUAAGAAAAAAGAACCUCCUCCUGUAGAUGAUACUGAAAUGAAACAAAAAUUACUGAAAAGCUUGUCAGAGGUGCAAGUUAGAACAAAGGAAGACAAUACUGCACAGAAAUCGGGUAGCAACGAAAAUAUGUGCAGUACUUUUACGGUUUUAGUUAACAAAUCAAAGAGUGAUAACAGUGUUGCUGAUGGUAGCAGCAGAACGAGCAGCGGAAAGUUAAAAAUUGUGUCGAUAGAAAAAAAUCUAGACCAAAAAGACCCUUCUCCUAAAACUAAAACGGAAUCUCUUUUAAAAAGUGCUAAAAGUGAUUUAAAAGAAAACACCUUUCUAUCUAAAUCUGAUCUAGGUCCCAAGAGGAAUGUAUCAGCUUUAGCUCAAAGGUUUAAGAAAAACACCACUGAAGAUUCACCACCAAAACAAUCUAGUUUGAAAAGUAAAAAAUUAGAAGAGCAAAAAGAAAUAAAAAAGGAUGAUGUAGUUAAGAAGGACGAAAAUGAGAAUGUUGUUAGUAAAGAAGAACCUGAAAAUAUCUGGAAUAGUCGAGAUAAUGAACCUUAUGAACCACCGAAACUGGCUAAACUAAACUUGGGCUUGAAAGAUCCAAGAGAAAUCAUCGAGGAACUUCAGGAGAACCAGCCAGAAACUCCAGAAGAACGUCAGAUGAGAAUCAUGUCCAAACGUUCCUUAAUAGAAAAAGCCAACAAAUCUGAUCCAGACUUGAAAGUUUUCGAACCACCAACCCCUCCACCACCCGAACCAGAAAAAGAACCUUCCCCAGAACCUUCCUUUGUUCCUCUAAAGUCAAACAGACUCUCCCAGUGGAUGCAUCCCUUUAAAAAACCCGAUCAAAACGAGGAUGGUUCUUUGGAACUGUACGCAAAGCCUAAGUUUAUUCGCGCGCGUCAUAUACCGCGUCGCUGGCAACAGCAAAACGUCGAAAGUAAUAGUGAGGGUAGUACGACCAGUGAUGAUGAUGACAGUUCUAGUGAUGGUAGUGAUGAGGAUGAUGACGAUGUUGACGAAGAAGACGGUGAAGAAGAAGAAGAGGGAGAUGUUGGAGGUGAAAGUAAAGUGGGAGCUAGUACGUCGAGUAAUGAUUCUGGAUUUGAUUCGGGAAGAGCGAAAAAUAAGGAAUGUGACGUGAACUGUCACAAGAAAUGCGAAAAAUUGAUGGCAAAUUUGUGCGGCAUCAACCAAAAGUUGGUUGUAGAGGCCAUAGAAAAAGUCAGGAAAGGUUCCAUUGAUAGUCGUGACUCUCCAGGCAGUACCCUUAAUCCAGCUCUGAAUCCAGCCUUUGCACUGGAUUACAAUGAUCUUCCCGAAGAAGUGUCCCAGUCCAGUACUUACCAGAGCUUCCAGAGGAGUGGGAGGAUCACCCCACCAGCCACAACGAUUCCAAGGUUCAGGAAAUACUGCGUGGACGAUUUCAACUUUUUGAAAGUACUUGGAAAGGGAAGUUUUGGAAAAGUAUUACUUGCCGAAUUGAAAGGUACUGAAUACUACUAUGCUGUGAAAUGCUUGAAGAAAGACGUAGUACUUGAAGAUGAUGAUGUCGAAUGCACCCUAAUAGAAAGAAAAGUACUAGCUUUGGGUACUAAACAUCCUUACUUAUGUCAUCUAUUGUGCACAUUUCAAACAGAGUCUCAUCUGUUCUUUGUUAUGGAGUACCUCAACGGUGGCGACUUGAUGUUCCACAUCCAAGCUGAAAGACGAUUUUCUGAAGCAAGAGCAAGAUUCUACGGUGCUGAAAUCGUUUCAGGUUUGAAGUUCUUACACAACAAAGGAAUUGUUUACAGGGACUUGAAAUUGGACAAUAUAUUGUUGGACUUCGACGGGCACGUCAGGAUCGCCGAUUUCGGCAUGUGCAAACUCCAGAUUUUCCUCGAUAGGAUGGCGGAUACGUUCUGCGGUACUCCGGAUUAUAUGGCCCCAGAGUUUUUGGAAAAAGAUGCAAAUAAGAGACUUGGGAACCGAUUUUCGCCUCAUGGCGAUAUACAGGAUCAUCCGUUCUUCCAACCAAUAGACUGGCCAGCGCUAGAAGCUAGAAAAUUGGAACCCCCCUUCAAGCCAAACCUGGUAAGUCCAAAAAGCGUAAAAGAAAAAUACUGUGGAGCUUCAUAA